GGCCCGAACUAGUGGAAUUGGCAGCAAAAAAACUAACAUACAAGUGUGUCUGGUCAAUAGAGCGCUUGUUCCUGCCUCUGGGUGCUAUGUGAGGACUUUGGCUGUGUCCUCGGAGGAGAAGUUGGAUGCUGGAGAGACGCAAAGGAUUUUUUUUUUUUUCUUUCCUCCCUCCUCCUUUCUCUCUGUCUUUUUUUUUUUUUUUUUUUUAAUAUUCAUCGAUGGGGUGGGCAGUUUGCUCUAGUCAUUAAAAUCUCUGUUCCCCUCCCCCUCGCUUUCUGCAGGACUGCCACCGUUGAGGCUGUGGGAGUAUGAAUCAGCAGCAGCAGAGAAUGGCUGCAGUUGGGACAGACAAAGAGCUCAGUGACCUGCUGGACUUCAGCAUGAUGUUUCCCCUGCCAGUGGCUAAUGGAAAAAACAGACCCACGACCCUAGCGAGCACUCAGUUUGGAGGAUCAGGUUUGGAUGAAAGACCAGGAUCAGGUUCCUGGGGAACGGGAGAUCAAAACAGCUCCACGUUUGACCAAGGAAGGAACUAUGGUGAAGGCCCCCAUUACGGAGAGCACCGGGACCUGCCAUCUCACAACAGCAUAUCUUCAUCACCAUUCCUGGGACCUGGACUAGUGGGGAAGAGCAGUGAAAGAACCUCUUACUCCACGUUCGGAAGAGACGCGGGGAUGCCAGGACUAAAUCAGACUGGUUUCCUGCCCGGCGAAAUGGGAAUCGCGAGUCCGAGCACGCUUUCCCCCACCGGGGUGAAAGGGGGGUCUCAGUAUUUCUCUUACCCCAACAACCCUCGCAGGAGAGGUGCCGAGAGCAGCAUCGAUGGACAGCCCAAAAAGGUUCGGAAGGUGCCUCCUGGACUCCCCUCCUCGGUGUAUCCAUCCAACUCAGGUGAUGACUACAGCAGGGAUCCGGCUGGAUAUACUCCCUCAAAACCUCCCAGCACUGUGUAUCCCGGAGCCUUCUACAUGGCAGAUGGACUUCACAACUCGCCAGACCUGUGGAGUUCACCCGGUGCCAUGAGCCAGUCGAGUUACGGUGCCAUGCUAGGCAGCUCCUCCUCCCCUCUCCCGCAGUCCAGUGGCUUCAACAGUUUACAUCAGCACGAACGAAUGAACUACCAGAUGCAUUCAGGAGAAGUUAACGGCGGGCUCCCCUCUGUGUCUGGCUUUUCCUCUGCCUCCACCCCGUAUGGUGUCUCCAGCCACACGCCCCCAAUCAGCGGGACGGACAGCAUGAUGGGGAACCGAGGAACCUCGGCUGGGAGCUCGGGAGACGCGCUCGGGAAGGCACUAGCUUCAAUUUAUUCCCCGGAUCACUCUAGCAAUAACUUCUCCUCAAACCCCUCUACACCGGUCGGCUCCCCUCAGGGGCUUGCAGGCACAUCCCAGUGGUCGCGAGCGAGCGGACAGGGUGCCUUAUCUCCCAGCUACGAAGGGAGCCUCCACACUUUACAAAACAAAAUGGAAGACAGGUUGGAUGAAGCCAUCCACGUGCUGAGGAAUCACGCCGUGGGCCAGACAGCCACCAUGCCGAGCAACCACGGGGACAUGCACGGCCUGCUGGGCUCGGCGCCCGCUCACAGCGCCGCCGUGGGGGGCCUGGGCCAGGCCUUCCCCACCUCGGUCAUGUCCCUGGGAAACAGGCAUCCGAGUCUGGUGGGAGGAGGUCACCCUGAAGAUGGGUUGUCCAGCAACCCCAGCAUGCUCCACAACCAUGUCACACUUCCAUCACAGCCCAGUUCACUCCCUGACCUCAACAGGCAGCAAGACACAUACAGCGGCUUGUCAGGGGGGCUGGGGCGAAGCAGCGUCUCCUCGGGGACCAGUGAGAUAAAGAGGGAAGAGAAGGAGGAUGAGGAGAACACCUCGGUGGCUGAUAACUCAGAAGAGGAGAAGAAGGAGUUGAAACCCUCCCGGAACAGAACAAGUCAAGAUGAGGAUGAGGAGGACGAUCUUCUUCCCCCAGAGCAAAAAGCCGAGAGAGAGAGAGAAAGGAGGGUCGCCAAUAAUGCCCGUGAGCGCCUGCGGGUCCGUGACAUCAACGAGGCCUUUAAAGAGCUCGGACGCAUGUGCCAACUCCACCUAAACAGCGAAAAACCGCAGACCAAACUGCUAAUCCUACACCAGGCCGUAUCAGUCAUACUGAACCUGGAGCAACAAGUUAGAGAGCGCAAUCUGAACCCUAAAGCAGCCUGCUUGAAGCGUCGGGAAGAGGAGAAAGUGUCCGGAGUAGUAGGAGAUCCCCAGAUGACACUUUCAGCUUCACAUCCUGGUCUAGGAGACGGUCACAACCCUGUCGGACACAUGUAAAGGUCUUUCUGUUCCUCUGGAUACAGAGAUCUGUAGGAAGAAAACCCUCGGUGUGACCUGCAACCUUCUCGAACCAUAAACUUUAGUACUGCUAAUACUGACACACGUGGACGGAUCCUGGCAUGACGUAAGGAGUGGAAAAAAAAAACACUUUGUCGAAAACAAAACGAAAACAAAAAAAAAAUUGCCUUAAAUAUAAAGCGCAGAACAGUCAAUACAUAUCACUCAGUUAGGAGGGGGUGGCGUGUUCUCUUGGCUUGUUCACAAGCAGCCAGCAGCAAAAUUGUGCCUAAGCUUAAUAUUUCUUUUUUUAAAAAAAAGAACAUUAGUUAUGAGAUUUUUUAUGUAGAACAAAUAGCAAUGCCUUUUGGUUUUUUUUAGCUUCUUUUGCAUAUGUUUUGUAAGCAACGAAAAGAAUUUUUUUUUUGUAUAAAAGAAAAAAAGUCUUGUACCCCCCGCUUUUCUGCUGCUGUUUCUAUAGUUAACGUUGCAUCUUUAGGAUCAACCAGAAUAUUAAAAUUGUAUUAAGAGAGACUGGAUAUAAAGAGAGGAAUUCUCAGAUUCGGCUCUGAAAGCCACUAAAAGCGAAUGUAGCCACAGCAAGGGGAUAUUUUUCCUUGCCUGGCUUGUACCUUCCAUUAUAAAAAAACAAACAAACUCAUGUGCUGAAUUCACCAUCUCUUUGCUUCGGCCACUUCUGAUUUUGGGAAAAGGAAGUUAAACAGCAAAGCAAGCUAGAGCAGCGGCGCCGGGCGGCGCUGCGGCUCCUCCCGGGCCGUGUCCGAGCUCCAUCGAGGGUCUCUGCGAGUAUCUCCCGGAGGAGCCCGGACGCUGGGGUCCGGCGCGGGAGGCGAGGCGGAGCGCGGCCGUCUCCGGAGCAGCGCGGCGGGGCUGAGCGCAGCCGCGACGGGGAGGACGAGCCGAGCCGCCGGGCGAGCGCGGGCCCAGGGAGCGGAAGAGAAACGAGGGACUCGGGCUGCUUUCGGGGUAAGCGAAGAAGCAACGCGGAUGCAAGAGAAAACCCAGGCGGGAGCAAAACGCCUCUUGCCCACGCGUCUGAGCGAGUGCCCGUGCUCGGCGGCGCUUCCCGGGCGGAGGGAGCUGAACAAAGACGACCGAACAAAGCUGGAGGGACGGAGAAGAGGCGGCCGGAGCAAAGGCAGCAGCGGGAGACCGAGCCCGGCGACGCUGGCUGCGGGCAGCGAGCGCGGAGCCCCGGCCCGGGCAGCGGGCCGGGGAGCGGCAGGGCCGGCCAGCUCGUCUGCGCGCCGCCGCGAUCCCUCCAUCUCCGCGCGGCUUCGCCCCGCCGUCGCCUGGUGUUUGGAAGCGGCGAGUCGGAAGCGCUGCAGGUUUGUUUUACACCUCGACUUCACCCGCCGCGGCAUCUCCAAAGCGUCCUCGGAGGCGAAUUCAGCACGUCGCCCUUCUUCCCGCGGUGCCGGGACCCGGCCGCUCUUUACCCGCGCGUGGGCUCCGCUCUCGGCCUCGGCAAGCGAGAUGCUCCUGGCAGCCCUGGAAACCGAACGCGACCGACGUUCCCGUCUCUCCAAGGGCUUCCCAGGGUCGCUCCGGACAGCUCCCAUCUGCUCAGCUGGCCGAGGACCUGGCUUCCUCGGGAGGAAGACCCCCGCGGAUGUGCAGAGCUAACGCAGAGGCGCUCGGCGGCCGUCCUGCGGUUCGCACUGGGGAAGUGUCCGCCGCGAUUUAGUUUUUGUUUUCUUCCUUCUCCCUCCCCUUCUCCAAAAUGGCUUCCAAAACGUUUUGUGCCCAGCUUUGCCGGGGCUCGGCUCCCGGGAGGGGGUUGAAACCCCGUCUCGGCAGCGACUGUAGCGCUCUCGGAUGGGGGCCGGCUGCUGCCCGGCUCUGCCGCUGUGCUGGGGGGGCUCGUGGGACCGCUGUGUGCUGGGGCUGGCCUGGAGGGGACCCGGGGACAGGGACUACCGUAGGCUCCGGAGCCCCAGCAGCAAGGUCCGUCUCUCUCCUCUUUGCUUCUCUGGCCUGUGCUCGUGGGAAAGCUGUAUUGCCAGUGCUUCAGCCCAGGGAAAGGACUGGCGAGCGGGAUCGGGUCCCUUGGCAUUUCCUAGCACUCGUAGGCUUUGGUGUAACUUCCUGGUGCUCCUCUUUGCCCAUAGUUAUGCUUCAUGCUACAACAAAGCUUGCUGGAAACGUUCAGGAGCUGGUUACGAGUGCUGGACGGGGACGGGAGAGCCUCUCCUUGCCGCCCCCGGAUCCACAAGGUCCGACUGUAGCUCUGGAGGUGUCGGGUGCUCCUGGCUUUCUCUGCCCCCAACCGCUGCUCCUGCCAUCGCUUCUGUGCACGUGAAACCCGACGGCCCAGCAGCCACCAGCCUGAUUCCCGGGAAGGGUCGCUGUGGUCCCUGCAGUCCUGCAACAUGAUUUCUGCUCGCCUGUGUCAACAGACGUGUUUCAGCCUAAUUAACUCAUCGGGUUACGACAUUCUUUCCUCCCCUGGGUUCUUCCGCCUGCUUAAGCAUCGGGCAGCAUUAGAUGGAUGAGGUUUUCAGCCACGUGUGACAGGCUUGCCCCAGUGGGGCAGCUGCUUUGCAGCAAAAGCCAGGUCUUCCUGGAGCAUCGUGCUAGGGUUGCCUUGAGUUUCAGCCAGUUGAGCGAGUUCAGUUUGGAACGAUAAAGCAUGCGGGGAUGGGGCAGUGCCCUUGUGAAGCCUGCAAGCCAGGUCCAGGUGCUCAAACGAUCCUGAUUUGGGCUCUAGGCUAGAAAAGAGGAGUCAUUUGCUGCCUUAUGCAGUAGAAAAGAGGUUGCUUCAUCCAGCGAGCGUUCCUGCACCAUCGGCAGGGUCAUGCUGGGGCCGGGAUGGCUCUCGCUGCUCUGCGCUUUCUGCUGCCCCCGGCCCACGUCCUCCUUUCAGGAGGACCGGGGAAGGAGGGAGCAAAGUCCCAACUUUGGCAAGCUUGAAAUCAUACACAAAGGUUAAAAGUGCUUCCCCACCACUUUGAUUCUGCAACGAGAAUUUGAGGAGGCAGCUAACUUCAGAUGGAUUUAAAGAAAAGACACUGUAGUCAAGAAAAAUCCCAUAAAAAUCCCAAAACUGUCAACCAAAUUGAACAUUUGGGAAGAUUUAUGAUUUGAUCAAAAUUUUGUUAAAACUCCUUCAUCCCCUCUUAGUGCUGGCUGAUACUCUGCACACAGGCAAAGGAGGACUCUCGAUUAAAAAAAAGAAAAAAAAAGGCCUUUCCCAUCAUCCCUAAACUGCCAGGCAUUGUAGCAAAGAUGGGGUUUUUCAUCUGUAUUUAGGCGAUUUAGGUGUUGUUUUCCUCUUAAUAGCAAAAGUGGCUAACUUCCUUGGCAAAGCAUGAAAUCCCAGCCCAUGUGUAUGGGCAGCUGUGGAGUAUAACAUUGGAUGCAAGCCUGGCAGUCGGUUCUUGAGCAUAAACCCUUAGUGCCAGGGUUUGGGGGAGACUUUGGUUCUUCCAGCAGGACAGCGUGAGGUGGGAGCCAGGCAUUUGCUGCGCCUGGAUGUGGCACAGCAGCACUGGGUGCUGCCUAGCUGGUACGUGCUCCGUCGGGCUUGCUGCGCAUUCAGGUCCUGCCACGAACUAGCUGGCGUCUCUGCUAUCCGGGAGCUUAGGGAGCAAUGGCAGAGCGUAGCAAGGGAAAAACUUUGGGCAGCAGGUACGUUUAGCUCAUAGGCGGCUUGGUGCUGUAACCAGGGAAAGCAGCUUGGCUAAAAAUGCGCAUUGCAACCUAUUGCAAUGAAACCCUCUUAGGUGUGUUGGUUGGAGACGGCUCUCUGACCGUGGUCUGCGUGCUCCCCAGUAAGAGCUGGCUGCUAGGUUAUCGCGGAGGACGAGGAUUGUCGCGGCGUUGUGCUUUCCUCUGGCGUUCGGCUGUGCAGUCUUACAGAUCGUAUUUCUCCCUAAAAUUUCUCCUCCUGCCCUUCCAAUCCCAAAGGAAAACGUGAUUCUUGAUCGUCACAUAGCGAGAGCGAGCAGCUUGUCUUUUCCCCCUCCCAGGCCACACUCUGCCCAUCUGCACGCCAGUGGUCCUGCUGGGAGAAGCGUCCCGGAUGGGUUGGACACCUACAGUGGACACUGCAGGUGGCCUUCGGAUUUGUGCUUCCUUUCUCAGCCUUGCACGCGUGGGUUUUCCUGGGCUGCGUGCCCCGCAGCGUUUGGGGCCGCAAAGCCCCACAAAGCUUCCUUCUUCUGAUGGGGAAUUGGGCGAGAGGGAAGGUCUCCUUCUCCCAGAAGGUCUUUAAGGCAUGGCCAACUCUGCAGAAGUGGUGUUGGAGGGGACAGUUUGGAGUUGUGCUGAGGGUUUGGUCCAUGCAGGUGUGGGCAACUGCUCAGUUGGGCUGCAUUUCCCUGGCUCUCUUUCUUCCCAGGCUGCAUAGCUGAGUUGCAUCCCAGUUUUUUGGUCCCCUGUGCACUGCCGCGAUGGGACAGUUCGUGCGUGAUGGGGCUGGGAGUCACUUGGAUGCGAAGGUGACUGUUUUUUGCAGAGGCAGCAUUGAGGUGCUCACCCCCCUCACCUAAUCCUGCCUCAAGAAGUAUUACUUUGGGGGACAAGAGGCUGUGGGAGAUGUAUCCGUGGACAGGGGGUCUCAAGAGAGGGGCUUCCAGCUCACCCCUAGCCCAUGGGACCUCGCUCUCAAGCAUCCACCUGCCUCCCUCUGCAUCAUGCCAGAGCGCUGUGCGCGGUGCCAGGGGCCAGGGAGUGUCUGGAAUCCGAUUUGUUAACAGUAAAAAUUGCAGAAUUUAGUUCUUUCUCCCUCUUUUCACCUUCACCAGCUUUCACCCCUCAGCAAAACAGCUGCAGCCUCCCCAACGCAGCACCUUUACGGUCUGAUGCCAUCUGCGCUCGGCACCGACGGGCGAUGGUGGCGCGCUGCCUGCUCCUGCUCGCAGCCCCGCAGCCGCUGCCAACGUGCCCCAGGGAGCGAAAUUCCAGCUAACCCCUGGCUUGGCACUUGCUCCUCUGCCUGUGACCCACCAGUCAGAUGUAUUCGCAGCCAAGCGACUGCUUGGCUUGAGUUCAGCUCCAGCUCUUUGCCAAGAUCUCUUUGGGCUUCUCUGCUCCCCAGACUUUACAGCUUGCUCUGGUGUCCUAAGGUGGCGCGUAGGCAGGAGGGACAGGACCGGGGAUGUCUGGGUCACAAAAUCUCUCUCUGCUCCUGGCUGAAGUGAGCUGCAGCCUGGGAGCUAGGGCCGUAGCAGUUCGUAGGCAGCUGGUUUGCAGGAUUCAGGGCAAUCAAGGUAGCCGCACGCCUAGAGAUCCCUGAUUGGGCUGUCAGGAGGCGGCUGCUGCCACCGAUGGCUUGUGGCACACGGAGCAGGUCCGCGCCGGCCCCGUGCAUCUUGCGGCAGGGUGAAGGCGCUCCCCCGUCCCCGCACGGUCUUUGCUCCCGUUGCUCUGGGGCCGGGAGCGCGGCUGCCUUGCGACAGGGGUUUCGGCCCUCCCCAGCUGAGAAAUGCGGAAGCGCAACGUGAAACCUCCCCAGCUGCGACUUCAGUGAACGGCUUUUUCCCCUAGUCAGGACGGUGGUGAUGAGCUGGUUUCCUAGAGGGUUUUGCACUGGCUGCCCAGUAGCGAUGCUGUGGAGGCGUUCCCAGUUGAACAGGAAGGGCAGAAACAAGCUGGGAUUUCCCCAGGAGUCUGCAAUUUCAGGUUCAGUGCAGAAGCCUACCUCAAAGGUCCCCUGCAUCUCACACAUGGUCUUCAGGGCCCCGCGCCCUUGCUGGCGAUGCAUUGCAUCCCCCCGUUGGCAGGCAGACAGGUGAUGGGACCCUUGAGAAAUGGGAGGCUUUCAAACUCUCCCCGUUCCCCAUCCCCUGCAUCCCUGAGGUUUUUUGCUCUAACAAGGUGGCAGCCAAUUUAAGGCCCAGUGGAGCCCCUGGUCCUCUUGCAGGCCCUGCUGUGUGCCAUGACGGCGAAGAGGGUGCCUGGGGUUUUAGGAAGGAGCUGAGAAUGGGGAAGAGAAGCAAAGCUCAUACUGGUGUUCCCAAAAAUUUGGGAGAGGAAGGCCAGCAGUGUAGGCAGGACCAGGGCAAGCCAUAAGCCCCCAAGGUGCUGCACUGGCUGACCUGGAGCAAGCUGCAGCCACCAGCUUUCCGCUGUUCCUGCUCCACAGCAGCAAUAGGAAGAUGUGCUUUCCAUAUGCAAAGCUUGCACAAGGUGUUUGCCCUGUUAAAUCCUAUGCAACCCUCUCUCCUCUUCCCCCAUGGCCCUCCAGAUCCCAUCCUUGCCCCUUCCCUCUGCUCUUGUCCGUGACUGCUGAGUCCCUGCUCCCUGCUGCUCUCAGGGUCCAGCUUCGCUUCCCAGCAGCUCCCGAAAACAUUUCAAGACCUGUGCAUUGGAGCCUGGGAAGUUGAACGAGGGGUGAAGCGGUAGCGGCACCACCUCCAACCCAUGUUGCAGGAGUUGGGCACUGAAUUGGGAGUGGCAAGUGGCAAGACCUGGUCCUAGGGAUCUUCCAUGCAGGCUUCACCCUGCCCUGCCUUCUGUUCAAUGCUCGGCCGCUCCCCGCCAGCAUCCUUCCUCUUCGACCCUCUCCCCUGGUACGUUCUGAGCUGAGCAGCUGCAUCCCACCACGAUGCUUCUGGCUCUGCAGGCUGCAGUGCCUGAGCUCGUGCUUGGCUUGGUAUUUCUUUAACCAUCUCAAGCUGAAGGUGUGUUUUUCUUCCUCCUCUGCACCUCGAUCUCACUGAAGUCCAGCUCACAUCCUUUCUUGUGCAGGUUUCUUUGCACAGGGGCAAACCCUGCAGCCAGCUGCCCCGUGCUGCUCAUCUGCUGGGGUGGAGGUGGGAGCGUUCAGGAGACGGAUGCUCCAGUGGGUUCGGGCUCUGCUGCGGGGCGAUCGCACAGUGUGGCCGCCUCUCGCUGCCCUUGGCGCCUGUCUGACCGCAGCUCUUGGGUUCGGCUUGGUGACCCCCAGUGCUCUUUGCAGAAGUUUGAUCUUCAGGGAAAUCAGCCCUUAACUGUAAAGCCAGCAGCCGUGUUUCCUUUGCUCUGUGUUUUCUGCAGGACUCUUGUGCGAGCCAAAUGUGGGGAUGGUCUCUAGUUAGGAGGGUGUUCCUGGCCGCACGGCUCCUCUCUGCUAAAACUUCAGUUCCCAUCCUCAGGGGCAAGAGGCAGCCCUGCUUUGGGUCUGCGCAUCAGUAUUUCUGUUCUGCUUUUGUAUGCCUCUUGCUCCUCAGGUCUUGCAAAACCAACCCCGGUCCAGCCAGGCACUGACCGUGUUGGAAGGAGACGGGAUAAAACUCCUUCUCGCGCUCUUCAGACUGGGCACGUUGCAGCUGCAGGCACCGUUCUGCGCAGUUGCAGAACCGGCGCUUGCAAACGGGGCAUCCCGGGCACCAAAGGCCUUUUGCCGCGAAGCAUCUCUGAGCCCUGCGGCCGGGGCCCCGCGGGGGUCCCCUCCGGCGGCAGCGCCCCGCUCCGAGUGCCGCAUCUGCCCAAACCGCCUCCAGCUUUUGAGCAAAGCACGAAACAUUGGGGCUCUCGGGAAGGGAAGGAGCCGCUGGAAAGCGAUGCCCAGCGAUGCGCUCUUCUGCCAUUCGUAUUUAAAUUGUCAGGAGAGGGGAGAGGAGAAGGAGGCACCUGGUGAAGCCCGGGGUGACCCCCACCGACGCACUUCCAUCUCGCCGUCUGCGGGCAAUGACAUUUUCUAAGGAGGACUCCAGCUAGUUUAGCAAACAAAGCGUUAAACUUGGUUGCUCUUUUUAUAUAUUUUUGUAGGGGGGCAGGCGAGCGAGCAGAGGGCAGAUGCCUGUGGAAAUUGUUUGUUUUUAACCCUGUAGAAGGUUUGGGUUUUUUUUUUUUUUGUUUGUUUUUUUUUAUGUUUGGGUUUUUUGGUUUUUUUGGCCUUUAAAAAAAUGGUCCUUGCUUUUGAUGUUUAUGCUGCCUACCUGUAAAUCCAGAUGUACUUAAGUGGCUGAAAUCCUUGUUCUUAAAUCAGAUACACAUUAUAGUUUUGAACUAUAUAUAUAGUAAAUAUAUAUAUAUAUAUGCCUAACCCAGCAAAAAAAUAAAAAAAUAAAGUAUUUGGGGGUGGGGAAAUGCGUUGUUCUUUGAAAUGAAUCACAAUUGGGGGAUAAAAUUGUGUUUCCGAGUGCCUCAAGAUAUGAAUUGUUUUCAUUUUUUUAAAUAAUUUUAUACAAGUGUCAAAACAGCUGGCUGGAUUAUUUGGAAUUUUUAAAUAAUCCUAACUUUUUUAAAGUAGAUUUUGAGAACUGUCCUGUAUAUAACAGUAAUGUAGCAAUAAAUGUGACAUUUUAUAACAAUA